AUGUCCAACAAUGACGAGCUAUCUGGUUCUCCGCUUGCCAGCAACGACCUAAUGGACCUUGUGAAGCGAGUAGUAAGCGAUCAAGCCUCUGACAUUGAACAGCAACAAUUCGCCGCCCAGGUCGUCUACAACCGGGCAUUCCGACAAGACGUCCGAGACAUACUAAAACGAUCCAACAGCAGCCCCAUGGAGAUCUAUCCAGAUAGGUCAACGAGUCAAGCCGUAGCGACUCCAACUGCGCCAAUGAAACCAUCGCGCCCAACCUUGGCGGAGAGGGCAUUUUCCGCGGGCCUGCCUGAUAUUCACAGUAAGGCACGAGCGGGUGCUCAGUCAUUUCGCAGAGCUGGUUCAGCAGGUCCUCUAGGUUCGUCCCGUAGCACUACUUUUCCAGCCCAGCAGGGAGAAAGCAUGCCUCCGAAGCCAGCAUCGGAGGGACGUUCUGCAAACCAAGGCCGGAAGGUGUCCAGACCACAGCUGGAGCAGCCUAAUCCCUAG